GGAUGUCGUUUGUAACCAUUUAAUAUCUUUGAUAUUUCUCAACCGGGAUAAUCUUUCCUCGGUAAUGCCUAAAGCGCUAAGUGGGUUUUGGGAUUAGCCAAUUUUUCUUAGUUCCUGUCAGGAGGCAGUUCUAUUAAUAUUUAGACUGUGUGCUCACAAAUGUAGCUAUAGCUGUAAACAUGCGUGGAAACAUAAUAGCAUUCGUCCUUCGGUUUCACGAUAUUCAUUUGUCUGUUUUAAUGUACAAUGCAUUUAAAAGGCCAUAAUUUCCUUUAGUUAAUCUGAGUGACCGUCCAUUAAGUUGCAAGUUGUACUAGCACUGCUUGGGGGACCUAAAAUAUCUUUAUUUGAUCGAAGGGUUUGACAUUAUUUAGUCUAAUUGACUUCCUUUCCUUCCCCUCGGUCCGGACAGUUUAUAUGAGGUGAUAUAGCCUGUGCCAAAACCUGUUAUUUUUCUGUUGUUAUCUCUGGCCUGGCGUAGUAUUAAUUUUCCAGUGAAUGGAGUUCUGCCUAGUCGUUUUAACGCACGUUAAGCACAGCUGUUACCAUUCAGCAGUUAUAAAAGCUUGUAAUCCACGCCUGGUGCGUAGAUACGACUUUUUUAAAACUUGUUAUUAUCUUCAACUUGCAAAAUAUGUCACGGAAUAUCGAUAUUUAAAGACUGGCUUAAUUCUUGUCGGCUUAGCAUUAUCCUCCCAGCUAAGCCACAAAUAGUGGUAUAAUCCGUCAUCAAAGGCUGGGGCAAGGUUUAUGAUUGUUAACCAAACUGUUCACAUCAUCGUAUCAACCGAUCAUAAACGUUUUGCCUGGGAAAGAGGAAGGAACCUUUUGAUACGUCUUUCUGAUAUUCAUGGAGUUCUUUUGGCCAGGAUAUUCACUACCCUGUGUAGGGUGUUCCCAGUGUUUAAUGUCAAGGUUUUUUGAAGGUCCUCCAAGAAAACAGCGGCGAGAACGAACCACCUUUACCAAAUCUCAGCUGGAAAUACUGGAUGAGCUCUUCGCCAAAACAAAAUAUCCUGACAUCUUCAUGAGAGAGGAAGUGGCCAUGAAAAUAAACCUGCCUGAAAGCAGAGUACAGGUUUGGUUUAAAAACAAACGCGCAAAAUGUCGGCAGCAAGACAAACAGACGGGAACCCAAAACAAGACGUACCCGGCGAAGAGAAAAAACUCAUCACCGCUCGCACAAGAUCCAGGGAAGCCAGCAAAGAGGAGCAUACAGAUAUCUACAGCAAAGCCAGUCAGCAAGUUCAAUUAUAACACAGCAGCUUCAUGGCCACAGCAAAGCACAAAUACCCUGGAACAGAAUAUGCAAGCACUGGUAAAUAUCCAGAGAAACACAGGAUAUCAGCCCUCAAAUGCGGUCAAUAACACCAUGAUGGGCCCGUCCAUCCACAAGCAAGAUUUCCCUUAUGCCAAAAACAUACCAAUGAAUAACUGGAUGUCAAUCAAUCACAACGUACAACCAAGUUAUUUUACACCCUCCUUUAUAUGAUAUGCAGUAAAUAACCUAAAUACCAGUGUAACAAAAAUAUUUAAAUCUAAAUGCAGAACUUUCAUGUGCCAUAUGUAACCAGCACUUUUAAAUUUCGGUUAGUUGUUUUGAACUGUACAUUUAGUAGCCAAAACCACGUGAAAAACAUUAAUUGUUAUCUACAGUAGAAUGCAUUUUGUAGACCCCAUGUUUCAAAAACAUCGUGCAUGUUUUCUUGGUCUAGCCUUAUGCUAUUGUGUUGCUGUUGUUAGUGUUUGAAUUAGACUCCAAACCAGCCUCUCGUUUGCACCCAGCCACUGCCAUUGUUUUGUUCCCUUCCCUUCACUAAGGUGUGUAAAAAAUUAAUAGUACUUAUGUUGUCUUAUGGUUAGGAUCGGCUAACGUUUUACUUCACGAUAAAUUUUGAUGCUGAUUUUACCAGCUUGUUCAUGUACUUGCCUAUGGAAACUGCAGUCAGAUGAGAAAUCAAGAGCGCAAAAUUUCGCUUUACACUGUUAUACUGUAGUCACAAGUUAUUGCUAUACAGUAAACACACCCAAAAUUAAUUUUAAAAACUCUAAUAGACCGUAUGAGAACACAAUGUACUUUUUACGCGCGUAACCAAGUUAACAGAAAACAAACUGUUACCUACGAGGAAUGAAAAGAAAUAAAAUUAAAGUUAACCAAACUGA